GGGCGGGGCCGCGGGACGGGUGGCGGUGAGGGACACGCGGGGCCGCCGCGCUGCCCUCUGGGAAGGCGCCGCUUCCUCCCGCCUCCCUCCGCGCUGCGGCCUGCGCCGUUGCCACGGAAACCGCCUGAUCUCUCGCCCCCCCCCGCGUCCCCCCCCCACUCGUGUCCCCCCGCGUCCCCCCACCAUGCUGGCGCUGCCCCCGGGGCUGACGGAGGAGGAGGAGGCCCUGCAGAAGCGCUUCGCCAAGCUGCGGAAGAAGAAAAAGGCGCUGCUGGCGCUGAAGAAGCAGCAGAGCUCGGCCGGGCAGAGCAGCCAGGGGGGCAUCAAACGCUCCAUGUCGGACCAGCCCCCCGUGGACACGGCCACGGCCACGGAGCAGGCGAAGCUGCUGGUGAAGUCGGGGGCCAUCAGCGCCAUCAAGGCCGAGAACAAGAACUCGGGGUUCAAACGGUCCCGCACGCUCGAGGGGAAGCUCAAGGACCCCGAGAAGGGCCCGACCCCCACGUUCCAGCCUUUCCAACGCAGCAUCUCUGCCGAUGACGACUCACAGGAGUCGCGCCGCCCCCAGAGGAAAUCGCUGUACGAGAGCUUUGUGAGCGCCAGUGAGCGGCUGCGGGAGCCGGAGGGCGGGGGGGGCCGGGGGGACCCCCCCGAGCGGGGGGAGCGGCGCCUGGACUGGGAACAGGAGCCGGAGCCGGAGGAGCGGAGCCGGGAGCGGGACGGGGUCUUCCGCAGGUCGGACUCGUUCCCCGAGCGCGCCCCCCCCCGGAAGGGGAACACGCUGUACGUGUACGGGGCGGAGCUGAGCCCCGAGCUGCUGCGCGGAGCCUUCGGCCCCUUCGGAGCCAUCAUCGACCUCUCCAUGGACAGCCCGCGCAACUGCGCCUUCGUCACCUACGAGAAGAUGGAGUCGGCCGACCAGGCCAUCGCAGAGCUGAACGGGGCGGUGGUGCAGGACGUGCAGCUCAAGGUCAGCAUCGCCCGCAAGCAGCUGCUGCUGGACGCAGCCACCGGGAAAUCGCUCUGGGGGUCCCUGGCGGUGAAGAACAGCGCCAAGGGCUCGCACCGGGACAAGCGCUCGCAGGUCGUGUACAACGAGGACCUUUUCGGGGGGCAAUAAAG